AAACAAAGGCAGCUGCUUCUGCGCUGUAGGUUAUUUUUACCUAGCCAUUAUGAAGCACCCCACAACAUAGCACAUGUCGGCUACCUGCUCGUUAACAGUGCCUCAAAGGACAGGCAAAUAUUAUUUCCUGGAAUACGCUUAGGUACAAAGCUACAGCGAGUGCGAGAGAGUUUUAGCGUUAAGCCCGGCCAAAUCAAUAAAGUGGAAAUCAUUCGUAAACAUGACGCUGAACGAGAGUGACGCUCACAAGCAGCUGGAGCUAACGCGCAACUUUCUGGAGUUAUCGAGGAAUGCGGACACCUGCGCCGCACUGCGUAGCUCCGACUGCAUUCAACUAUUGGUGAAAAUUCUGCAUGCCAAUGACGAUGGGGCCGUCGCGGGCGGAGCCGCGCGCAAGAACGCCAGCCAAGCCCUGCACAACAUUGUCCAGGGGAAUCAGCGGGAGGUGAAGGUGCUGCGUUUGCUGGAUCAAAUCCAUGAUUAUAGCUGUAAUUUUUUGCGCACGCAACUGCAAAGCGGCGGUGAAUCGAUUGCCGACGAUGAGGAGCGUCAUCCAUUGGCCUCCAUGAAGCUGCUGAUGAAGGCCAGCUUCGAUGAGGAGCAUCGCCAGACCAUGUGUGAGCUGGGCGCCCUAAAAGCCAUACCAAAUCUGGUGCAUCUGGAUCAUGCCGUGCACGGCCCGGCUGCGGGCAGAGAUCAGUGCAAUCUAUUGCGACGCUAUGCGCUAAUGACGCUAACGAAUCUCACCUGCGGCGAGGAGAACAACAAGUCGCUGCUCUGCGGCCAGAAGCAGUUUAUGGAGGCGCUGGUGGCGCAGCUCGACUCAAAUGCCGCUGCAGAUGUCGAUGAUCUGCUGCAGGCCACGGCCAGCGUUUUGCGCAAUCUCUCGUGGCGCGCGGACAAACACCUGAAGACCAUAUUCAAUGAGCUGGGCACGGUUACGGCUCUCGCCUUGGCCGCCAUGCACAACAAAAGCGAGAACACCUUGAAGGCGAUUCUAUCGGCUCUGUGGAACCUAUCGGCGCACUGCAGCACCAAUAAGGCGGAGUUCUGUGCUGUCGAUGGCGCAUUAGGGUUUCUUGUGCAAAUGCUCAGCUACGAGGGACCCAGCAAAACGCUGAAGAUUGUCGAGAAUGCCGGCGGCAUAUUGCGCAACGUGUCCAGCCACAUAGCUGUCUGUGAAUCGUAUCGCCAGAUCCUGCGGGAGCAUAACUGCUUGGCCAUUCUGCUGCAACAGCUGAAGUCGGAUAACCAGACGGUUGUGAGCAAUUCCUGCGGCACGCUUUGGAAUCUGUCCGCACGCUGUCCCCAGGAUCAGCAGUUUCUUAUCGAUCACAAUGCCAUUCCACUGCUGCGUGCUCUCGCCAGCUCGAAGAAUCCCAUGGUGGCUGAGGGCAGCGCAUCUGCGCUCAAGAACUUGGUUAAUUAUCGCAACGCCCUUGAGCUGGCCACCAAUAACGAGCUGCCGCCGAAGGAGCUGGACGGCCAUGCGGGCACGCUGCCACGACGUUACAGCUCCAUGCGGCUGAGCAGCAAUCCCACGGGCUCACUGAAGAAAAUGCGCCCCGGCACGGCAAGCAGCAGCAGCAACGGGAGCAGCACGUUGCCCCGCAAAUGCGAAAGCCGCGAGUCCAUCUAUUCCGGCAAAUCCGAUUCCGAUUCCACAAAAUACUCCACCAAAUCCGACAGCGCCUUCGAGCAGCGCAAACUGAGCGCGGCCACAGUCAAGAGCCAUUACGUUACGCCCACGGAGGAGCAGCCCAUUGACUACUCAAUGAAGUACAGCUACAGCGAGCACAAGCCGGCCAAGGCCAGUUUCGACAACUCCAUCGACCUGGAUCAGCCCACGGAUUUCAGUGCGCGCUACAAGGAAAGACGCUCCGCACAAGCGGCACAGCCGCAGCCAGAGGCGCGCGAGGACAGCAACGAGAUCCUGCUUAUACUGGACGAAACUGGCAGCCCCGCUGCUGCGCCGCUUGCCAAGUCUGCGUCAGCCUGCGAUUUGAGCAGCGAUCAGGCUGAGCGUCCCAAGACGCUCAACUUGCGCAGCAAUGCUCUGGAGAAUCUGGCAGCCGUUAAACCCGACGCCUGUUUGCACACGCCGGAGCCGGAGCCCGGCGAGCGGCCAAUCAACUAUUGCGAGGAAGGCACGCCCGGCUGCUUUAGUCGCUUUGACUCGCUCAACAGCCUCACGGAGGGCGCCCCCAAGCAGCUUGUUGUUGUGCCCAAGUCAGCCAAUGCACCGCAACAACCUGUUGCGGUAACUCCAACUAACAACAACAACAGCAACAGCCAGGCCAUUGACUCCGCACUGGAGACGCCGCUGAUGUUCUCCAGACACAGCUCCAUGGAUUCUCUGGUCAAUGAUGAGACCAUUGGUUGUGAUGAUAACGGUUCGGUUAUAAGUGAAUACAGUCGCAUGCAAAGCGGCGUCAUCUCACCCUCGGAGCUGCCGGAUUCACCCACGCAGAGCAUGCCGCAGUCGCCGCGUCGCGAACGCAAGCUGGAGACAUUGCAGCUUAGUGCCAGCGGGAACAGUAAUUCCAAUGGAAAUGACCUUAAUGGCAACGAUGCGCCGCGCAGCUACUGCACCGAGGAUACGCCUGCGCUGCUGUCCAAGGCGGGCAGCAACAGCAAUCUCUCGGUGCUCUCCAUAGCCUCCACCGCAAAUGAUCAGAAUGCCAAUGUAGAGCAGAUGCCACAAGUCCAGGGCAAUGAGGAUGCCAUAUCCAAGAUGCGCUGCGGCGGCAGCGCCUUGCCAAGUUAUCUGCCCGUAACAGAUGAGAUGAAUAAGUACUACGUCGAGGACAGCCCUUGCAAUUUCUCCGUAAUCUCUGGACUCUCCAGUUUGACCGUGGGCUCGGCGCAAGUGGGCCCGGCGCGUGCCCUGAAGCCGCCGCAGCUUUUGCCUAGGAAUGCCGAAUUAGCUCCCAAGUUGCCGCCACGACGAAGUGCAGCAAAUGUGCUGCCCAAACGCAGCGAUUCGCUCAGCUCAUUGUCAAUGGAUUCGGACGAUGACUGCAAUCUGCUGAGUCAGGCCAUUGCCGCCGGCAGUUGCAGACCCCAACCGAGCGGCGCCAGUGCCAGCACUAGCUCCAGUCUGACGAACACGCUGCCCAAGCCAAGCAACCACAGACGACAGACAAUUGCUGGCGCCAAGACUGACUACAGCUCCGACGAUUCGCUGGACGACGGCCAGUCCAAGUCAUUGUUUGAGCAGUGCAUAUUGAGCGGCAUGCACAAGUCCAACGAUAACUUGGAGAGCGAACGCAAUGAGCCGCCCAGCGAUCGAUUUGUCAGCAAUCAGGUGCGCCAGAUCGAGUCCAUGUUGGCCACGGUGCGGCCGACGCCGCCGCGUUCAGCCUCGGGCAGCCGGCAGCGUCAGCAUUAUCACUGGGUCUAACCAAUUAAAGUGUUUGCAGUUGUUUGGUCGUUUCUUUUUUAAAUCUUUUCUCUAAUGUAAUGUACACACUGCAAUAAUAUUCUUACGGUCUCAAUUUGUCUAUAGUUCAAGAUUAAAAAUU